UUCUUCGUACACAAGUAGUCUUUGCUGACUCAAAUCUUGUUUUCUUAUAGUCUUGAGUUCACGAAUAGUUCUAUUGUCGCGAGUGAGAUCGUUUAUGCAUGUCCGUUGAAUGCUCUUUUAACUUUCAAACAUUUAGUAGUAUAAUUCUAAAGAAAACGAAUGUUUCAAAGUUUCAAAAACUCAUUGUCCACAUAUGAGGAGAUAUUACAUAUUAAAAAAAAGAACAAAAUUACCGCAAAGGCGACCGGUUCCACGGGUAACCAACCUAACACCAUUUUCUUAAAUCUCGUCGACGCGUCUGAAUUUAUUUAUAUAUUCAUUCAUUUCAGACAGCAUGAGAAUAAUCCGCCUUGAAAUCGAGUUUUUGACUUUGACCCGUUAAAACAAAACAAACAAAUAACUCUGAUCUUUCUUUUUGUCCGGCGAAGUUAUGGACCGUUCUACGCCGACACAUAACUCUUCAAACAAGAGUCUAAGCGUGAGCUAUCUCGUCUCUCUAAUGGUACUCUGCGCCAGGCACGCGAAUCGUCUCUCCAAGAAGCUAAAGCCGAAGAAGCGAACUCGCUACGAAAACUUCGGCGGCCGAUGGAAUAUGGCGAGCUCGCCGAUGAGAUUUAAGGCUGAGAAGGAGAAAACGGCGGCGAUGGAAGAGGAGCAGCAUGGCCUUUGGCAAAGAGAGAUUUUGAUGGGCGGAAAAUGUGAGCCGUUAGAUUUCUCGGGAGUGAUUCACUACGACCGUAAUGGACGGCAGUUAAGAGAGAUGCCACCGAGGUCUCCACGUGGCACUCCGUUCCCAGUUCUUAAGACGGGUCGCCGUGAACGGGUCACCGUUGGACAUGAUAGGAACUAAUGAUUUUGAAGCAGUAAACAUAUUAUGUAUAUUAAGCAUGUUAUUGUGAUGCCUUUAUAUUCUAAGUUAUGUUACAACAUUUAAACUUGGAUAGGCCAGUAAAGUUUAGGGUUCAAAGUCCAAACCAACAUGCCAUAAUAAUAUACUCUUGCUACUUCAGUUGCUACUGUGUUAAGCUUUAAUGUUUUCUAAUCUCGUU